CCACAACAAGCAACAAACAUAACAUAACCUGCCAAAUAGAAAAAUGUCUCUAUUUUUAAAAAUCAAGAAAGCAUUAUUUUCAUUUCAAUAUAACAAACAAGUAUUUCUCAUUUCAAGAUGUGCAAGUGUAAGUACAUCGAAUACUUUAGAGCCCAUCGAUAUGGCUUACGCCACAUUUGAAACAACUUUCAGAAAGGGGGGUAUCUCAUCCCCUUUUGUGAUAAUCCACGGUUUAUUCGGCUCGAAGUCGAAUUGGAACAGCAUGUGUAAAGUCUACAACGACAGAUGCUGUCCCAGUCGAAAAAUUGUAGCGGUAGACGUGAGAAAUCACGGUGAAAGUCCUCAUACUGACAGCCACACAUACGCUCACAUGGUGUCCGAUAUAAGGUUUUUAAUAGAUCAACUAUAUGCUUCGAGAGUGAGUUUAAUGGGGCACUCGAUGGGCGGCAGAGCUGCGAUGUUGUUUGCGUUGAAAUAUCCGGAGUGUGUUGAGAGGUUGAUAGUAGUGGAUAUCUCCCCUAUUAGAGACAGUCCUCAAUUAUUCACGAUGCCAAGUAUAUUUCAAACUUUAGAACGUGUAGUUUUGCCAACAAACGUUCCGAUGUCUACAUGUCGAGCGAUAGUAGACGAGGAGUUAUCGAAAACCAUAGAGGAUAAGGGAUUGAGAGCGUUUUUGCUUACAAAUUUGGUGGAAAAAAGCCAAGGCACUUUUCGAUGGAGGAUAAACGUACCUGUAUUGCUAGCGAAUUUUAACAACUUAGCGAAAUUCCCCAUACUCAACGAUCUUCAAUAUUCGGGUCCCACGUUGUUCAUCGGAGGCAGCAAAUCAGAUUAUUUAAAAACAUUAUCAUCAACCGUACAUUCGAGAUGCGCAUAUUCCACGGUAAAACCUCGAAACAAUGCAUUGGGCAUAGCUUAUAAUUCCUACGAAACGACCAACACUUAUUCGGACAGCCAUCCGGCGCCCGUUCCUCUGAUCAUCCUGCAUGGAGUCCUGGGAUCGAAGAGCAACUGGAACAGCAUGUCGAAGAGAAUCCACCAGCAAACGAAGGCGAAAGUGAUCGCGGUAGAUGCGAGAAACCACGGCGAUUCGCCGCAUUACAAAGAACACAAUUACGACGUCAUGGCCGUGGACUUGAAGACCUUCAUGGAGAAGAUGAACAUAAAGAAGGCGAACAUUUUGGGACAUUCGAUGGGCGGCAAAACGGCCAUGUUGUUCGCCCUUAAAUACCAAGAUAUGGUUAAUAAGUUGUUGGUGGUCGAUAUUUCUCCUAUUUCUACGAGUACGACAGUAUCUGUUAUACCGUCGAUACUUAAAAGCCUGAGGAAUUUGCAAAUACCUUCGAAUAAACCGCUGAGAGACGCCAGAAGGAUAGUUGGCGAUAAUCUAAUGAACAUGGUGAGGAAUCGAUUAUUAAUCGGUUUUUUACUCACUAAUCUUGUUCAAAAAAACGAUGGAAGUUACGGUUGGCGGUUCAACACGAAAGCCAUUCUAGAAAAUUUCGAUAAAAUAACAUCAUUUCCCCAAACUCAUAACAUUAAAUUCGAAGGGCCGACUUUAUUUAUUGGCGGCUCGAAAUCAGAUCAUAUACAGAAGAGCGAUUUUCCGAAGAUACAGAAAUUGUUUCCCAAUUCGGAAAUGAAGUUCAUUGAAGGCGCCGGUCACUGGUUGCACAGUGAAAAACCUGCGGAAUUCUUGGAAAUUACCUUGGAUUUUCUCAAUCGAUCACAGUUUAGUCAAGCAAAAAAAAGUAAUCCAUGAUAUUUACACACGACCUAUUAAUAAAAAAAAUCCCCUCUUUAAUAUACUCUUUAGUACCUCAAUUUGAUGAUAAAGUAAUAAUGAUUUUAAUAAAAAAUACUUUUAUUUUACUGUCAUUGACUGAAG